GAGAGCUUGUGGUUAAAUUCAUCUGGUGGGAAUCUGCAAACUGGUUUAACAUCAUAAACAAUAUUACCUGUUUAUGAUCUGUACCUGACUUUACGUUGUCAGAUUCUUGUUGUGUUUUUUUUCUGAACUGUCGAAGAAAAUGUUUCUCAAGUUUGUUUUUCUCUCUUUCUGCUUCACUUCUCUGGUUGGUGUGUUUGGUGAUGAAGUGAAGUCAGUGAUGGAGGGAGAUUCUGUUACUCUACACACAAAUAUUACUGAAAUAAAGAGAGAUGAUGUGAUGGAGUGGAGAUUUGGACGUCAAACGUCUACCAUAGCUAAAAUCAUUAACGGUAUUAAUCAAGUCUCAGUAUAUGCUGAUGUUCUUGAUGGGAGAUUCAGAGACAGACUGCAGGUGAAUAAUCAGACUGGAGAUCUCACCAUCACAAACAUCACAACUCAACACACUGGAGAUUAUAAUGUAACCAUCACCAGCGCUACAGAGAUCUCACACAGAUUCAAUGUUAUUGUUUAUGCUCGUCUGCCCGUUCCUGUCAUCACCACACAAAACUCUUCAUCAUCAUCAUCAUCAUCAGCCUCAAAUUGUUCAUUAUUGUGUUCAGUGUUGAAUGUGAGAGAUGUGAGUUUGUCCUGGUAUAAAGGAAACAGUUUAUUGUCCAUCAUCAGUGUGUCUGAUCUCAAUAUCAGCAGCAUCUCUCUUCAUCUGAAGUGUCUGAAUCAUGAUGAUUCUUACAGCUGUGUGGUGAACAAUCCCAUCAGUAAUCAAACUCAACAUCUCAAUACUGAUCUCUGUCAGAAGUGUUCAGAUUGCGUUUGCUGUUGUUAUGUUCUUGAAGCUAUGGUCCGAUUGGUCAUCUCAGCUGUUGUGGGUGUGGCUACUGUUGCUGUUCUGGUUAAUGAGAUCAGAGAUAAACAGAAGAAGAUUUCACAGACCCCAUUAGACCAUCACUGAGAAAUUGUAGUUUCUAAAUCCUCUGAAUUUUUAUGGGGUCAUAUUAUGAGACUUUUUUCUCAACAGAGACAUUUGUUUAUGUUGUUGCUGCUGAAACUGUCUAUUCUUCUAAAGCAAUCGGCCUCUAUAUUUACAAAAGAUGUCUUUAUAUGUACUGUCAGGAUAAAAUGGGUAUCUCGGUAUUCUGUUGAGACAUCAUGGGGCAGUUUCCCGGACAGGGAUUAGACUACUCCUAGACUAAAAUGUAAGAGCUCUGUCCGGGAAACCACCCCAAUAAGUUUAAAGUUAAUCGCUAACUGAGAUUUAAAACCUGUAAAAUAAAACCUGGAUCAAAAUGAUUAUUUAAAACAAUGUUUAAAGUUGGGUGCUACAGAUUUAUUAAUAAUCCUUGAUUUAAACUCUUCCCCCUACCCCUUAGUUUUGCAUAUUCACGUAAAUGUGCAAUUCACAUAAAUGUGCAAAACUAAGGGGUAGGGGGAAUAGGUAAGACAGAGAAAUGGGAUUGGGCCUUAAACCUUGUUGUGGGAUUCUUUACACUAACAACUAUUGCUAGACCUAUUCACAUUCUUUUAUUCAUUUUAUGUUUUAUGUUGGAGACGUCUCACAAGUCUUGGUGUGAAAGCAGAUUUAGUUCCCAAAGGUGGUCCCGGUACUAAAAUCUAAUUGAUUUCAUUUACUUUUAAUGUUUAUAUUUUUCUGGUUAUUUAAUUUCGAUUUGGCAUUGUGCUUUUGGCAUUUGUCUUGUAAUUAUUUGGCAUACAGGAUCGUGUAAUCUCUGUAUUUCUCUAUGUUGUAUACGAUUGCAAUUAAUUUUGGGCUUUGUUCAAAGUCUACAUUCUUCUAAAGAUGCAGUUUCUGAAAUUGGCCACAGACCAGCAAACAGCAAUGCAAAAGGUUUUUUUUCCAUAUUUUUACAGCUCUUGGAGAGUGUUGCUAACUCUCGUGAGACAAAUAUGCAACCACUUCAAAACCAAGCCCAAUAGUAAAAAAAUAUUAUCAAUACAUGAGCCUGAAACACAUUAAAUAUUUUAGGAUGGAAAAUAAUAAUAUAAAUUAUGCACAUUCUUUAUUUAACAAUAAAAUAUAAUGAAUUAAUACAGUAGGCCUAUGUAGCCUAAGUGAAAAAUAGAGCUAACAUUUAAAAUGGUUUGAAUUGUAGUAAAACCAUGGUUUCGUAAGGGAAGAAGAAAACGACCUCAAAUGUGUAUCUAUUUAAUGAUGAAUUCCACAACUGAUCACAACAACAACACAACACAUACAUACAGCAGUAGGUGUAGCAAGUGAACAAAAUUUACUGUUGGCUUAAUUAAAAAAAUUAUGGGGCGGUUUCCCGGACAGGGAUUAGACUAGUCCUAGACUUAAACAGUUUUAAGAGCUCUCCAAACUGAAAACAACUUGCACUUACAUAUCUUAAAAUACAUCAGUGCCCUUUGUUUUACCUCAAAAUGCACACAGGUAAUGUUUUUAGUAAGGCAUGUUUGUUAAAACUAAUUAUAUUUCCUAAUUAAACUAAGGCCUAGUUCUGGAUUAAGCUAAUCCUGGUCCGGGAAACCGCCCCAUUAUGUUAUCUGUUCUGUACAGCUGUUGUUCGGUAACUCCAGCAAAGGGCAUUUUCAUUCCAAAAUGGCGGCCGCGCUACCGAAGCGCCACCCAGUGGCUCUUACAAAAAACGCAUCAGAGUUUCAUCUUUGACGCAGCCAUUUUGUUUUGGAAAGUGUUUGUGUGUGUUUUGUCAGCAGGUGUCGCUGUGUAUUACACUUGGAUUCAUUUCAGACAUAACGGGUAAUGGAAAGGGUAACAAAGUUCAAAUAUCUAGGAUUAUGGUUUGAUGAGAAAUG